UUUCUCGGUGGACUUGUCGCCGCUGCGUCCCAAGUAUUUCGGUUGUAGUGGCAGGGAAAGCAGCGAGUCGGAGCGGAGGUCGCCUUGCCAUCAUUCCAGCUGAAGGGAAGCGACGGUCGGAGGAUGACAGCGCGAGCACUGCAGUAAUGAUGCGUUUUGUUCUGGACUGCCUGAGGACAUCGACUGCAAGAAACCAAAAGGAUGAAGGGGACGGGGACGUCGUGGAAACGGAUGAGAGGGUCCUCAGCAAGGCAUCUGAGAUCAGAGUAAGAAGACCGCAGCACCUUGCGCUGGAACUUGAGAAUGCGGUAACGGUGGAGAACCUGGAACUGCAGGAACAGCAGUCAGACCGAAAUGAGUUGGAGGAGACGCUGGUCAAAUUGGAGAAGCAUAAAGAAAAGCUUAUUCAGCAAAUCAAAGUCACCAGACAACUCUGCUAUGAAGAAAGCCAACAGAUCCUUUCCCUGCAGGCCGAAGAGGUUAAGAGAGAGAGCCAGGUUGAAGAGUACGAACAGGAGCUUGCCAGAGCCAGAUGGAGGCUGCGAAAGCUCAAGGAGGAGGUCAAACUGGCCAAGAGGAAGAUGGAGGAGGCUGGAGAGAGAAACUGUCCCCUCCAGGACUCGAUUAGACAGUCCUAUGAAGAAAUCUUGCAGGAAGAGCACACGCUUUGUUCUGUGUCAGGUGGUGCGGUCACUCCGGAGAGCCAGCUGGACGGCUCAACAUCUCCUGCUGACACCACCGAGGAUGAACCGCUUCCAAUGAGACCAUGGGGAAGGAGCCAGUCGCUGCCUGCAUAUGCGGAUCUCAUCAUGGUCGCAAAUAGCGCCCCCUUCUGCAAUAAUUUGGCAGAUACCAGAGAAGAAGUAGAUGACAGUAGCAGCAGCUCACCAAAGAUGGACCGAUCCAACAUGGAAGACGAUCCAGAGGAGGAUGAACUGAAGGAACAGUCCAUUCUGAACAAACUGGACUUCUAUCAAGCUGAUCCUUUUGCACAUUGUCAGAUAGGCCAUGACCUAUUUAAUGAAGACCUUUUCCCAAAAACAGACUCGUCAGACGGCUUCACAUCCGAUCCUUUCAAAGGCAGCGAUCCCUUCGCGGCGGACAUGUUUUUCCCCGAGGCCAACGCGGGAUGCGAGGAAGGAGCGCCCGUUAAUUGCGAGGAGGCCGACACCAGUCUAUCCUGUGCCGAAAAUAAAGCGUCCGCCGGCACGCAGUGCUUUGAAUCCGAGUUUCCGGAUGAAGACAGCGACAUCGAGAUCAGUUACAGUCAAGAGGAUCUCAACGCUAUCCCCGGGGCGGACGACGACCUCGGGUUUAAGCCCAUCCAAAGUUCGUCCGAGGAACUGGGCCCGGAGCCCGUACGGGGCUGGCGUUCCCAGGGACAGUAUUCGGUGGAAUCCGAUCCCAAUGGGUACGAAUUGGAUUUAACCGCCGUCUCGCCACCUUCGGACAUAGAGGAGCACAGUCUUGGAUCGCUCGCCGGAGAAAUAAGCGAUGUUGCAGUGGCAAAAGUUGAGGAAGCAAGGACCGUGCUCGGCGAUCAAACAUCGUUCGUGGCGGACACAACGAGCCGGAAAGACAGCGCUUUAGAAGCUGCGGAUUGGAUUGAAAGCCUGAAAGAAGAAGCAACAAAGCCUCCAUCACCUCCAAACUCCGCCGACUCUCACAACCUUCACACUGAACCCGAGUCUCUUGAGACUAACUUGAGCUUUGACUAUGAACCGACCGGUCAGACUUCCUUCGAUCCUUACGGGUUUAAACUCAGUCCCGAACAUUCCAGUCACACUCUCUUAGAUCCCGACGAGGAGCUGAGCCCGGCGCCCAGUGAUCAAGAUCUUCCUUUUGACCCUGAGGACCUUUCUUCCCAGCCGGAGCCUCUGAACUUUUAUUCCUACCAGUAUGAAAUCCCCUCUUCCCAGAUGGUCCAGGACUCCGAUCCUUACGGCUUCAAGCUCAGCCUCGAAGAAGAAAAUCAGGAGGUGCCAGAACCGUGUCGCCACGAUAACGUGGAAAACGUGUCACCCGCUGCAUUUGAAAAUAAGGACCAAGAAGAAGCAUUGAACGACAGCGACCGAGAAGCACUGGAACUUCUGCACCACGAAAACCAGGAAGUGCUCGAUCCUCGUAGCGACAAUGAUCGAGAACUGCUUCAAAACAGAAACCAGGAAGGACUGGAAAUAUCAUAUCUGGACAGCGAAGAAAAUCAAGAAUUCCUAAAUCUCUGUAGCCCGGAAAACCGAGAAGUGGUGGAACCAUGUGAGAACGAUAACCGAGAAGUGCUGGAAUUUUGUAGCCACGCUAAUCCGGAACAACUGGAUUUCUCCUGUAUGGAAAAUCAGGAAGUCUUAGAUUCGGAUUUCUUCGGCAACCGAGAAGUGCUCGAAAAUCAGGAAGUGCUAGUUUCACCUACCCGCGAAAAACGGGAAAUACCGAAUCCAGACGAAGUUCGAUUAGGUGAAUUGCUCGAUUUGGAUGACCAUAAUAACCAGGAAGUGCUGGACUUGGUAAAAGAGGACGUUCCGACCGAAACUAACAACAAUCGGUGCAUACUGAAAGCAGAGUUGAAUAGCUCAGACAGCGACGCGACUUCAGAAGAAGCGCUAGGAUUUGAAGCCGGUGUGACCACCCACCAGACUUGCAGCACGUUAAAUCGUCCGGCUGGUCACGAUAUGCUAGAGGGCGAUCUCGGCUCUGUGUUCGGGGCCGGGGGGUACAUCGGCGUUCCCGAUGUAGCGGAUGAUCUGGAACCUAUGUACCGCAGACAAGUUAACACUGUAGCAGAGCCAGUGCGACCGGUAAGACCAGUAAGACCUCCCCGGCCUUCACUCAGGGUUAAAGAGAAGGCUGUGUCCCCAACUCAGGGAAUCGACUUGAAAUGAUCCAUCAGUAGUCAACCCCGGUCUUCUUAUCCCAAUAAUGAGCCAACAAAUCUAAGAGGAGAGGAAUAAGAUGAUGAGUGAUUCAUUUAUUUGUACGUUCAGGGUUUCCAUUUGACUAUUUUCACUUCACUCUGAUGAUAAAAUCAUUUCUUUUCCUACAUGAUCUGCAGCGAGAACAUCAUUUUUCGACAAGUGUUCUCGGUUCAACAUUAGGCCAUGUUUCAAAAUGAAAAUGUAUAUAGAGUACAGUAGUGGUCAUUUUAUCUGCUGUCGAUACACCUAGUUAGCUAGCUAGUUAGCACUUUCAGUGCCAUUGAUGAUGAUAGACAUGCAUAGCAGGAAUCCGUCCCAUGCCGGUCGAUUUGCAAUGAAUUUAAUUAAUUUAUUUAUUUAAAAGCUAAAACAAAUUGUAAGUAGUCAAUUGCAGCGUGAAACUGCCUCUAUUAUAAACCUGUUUACUGUAUUAAACUUUACAGACCUUUUUUUUUUUUUGGAAGUAACAUUUUGCUUUAUUAACUGUUAUAGCAGUUAACCGUGAGCAUAUUGUUAAUAUCUUAAAACAAUUCACAUCCAAAAAGGUAAUAAAACACAUACUGCAUAAUUGUUUGACUCUUUAUAGGGCGACUUGCUAUUUUUGGUUAUGAAGAAAACAAUGUACGUCACAUUAUUAACAUUUGUGUGGCUUACUUGACCUAAUAUAUGAUGAGGUCCACAUAUACGGACGACAUGUGAAAAUUGUAUUUAUAUGUAUAUGUAUAUGUGUACAUAUGUAUAGAUACAUGUACUGUGUGUAUAUA